AUGCACAGAACCUACUCUCUUAGAUCGAGCAGGGCUCCAACAGCCUCUGACUUGCAAAACCCAAUCCCUGUUCCACCAUCCUCUACCAAGACUAACAGAUUUUUUGGUAAGGGUUCUAUUACCAACACCAUCAGAAGAUCUGCUGCUGGUUCGUUUGGUCCAGAACUCGCCAAGAAGCUUGCCCAGCUUGUUAAGAUGGAGAAGAACGUGAUGAGAGCCAUUGAAUUGUCUUCCAAGGAGAGAAAAGCUGCCGCCAAGCAGCUUUCCCUCUGGGGUGCAGAUAAUGAGGACGACGUCAGUGACAUCACUGACAAAUUGGGUGUCCUAAUUUACGAAAUUGGUGAACUGGAUGACCAAUUUAUUGACAGAUACGAUCAAUAUAGAAUUACUCUCAAAAGCAUCAGAGACAUUGAGGGUUCUGUCCAGCCAUCAAGAGACCGGAAACAAAAGAUCACUGAUCAAAUUGCUUACUUGAAGUACAAGGACCCACAAUCCCCAAAGAUUGUGAUUCUGGAACAAGAAUUGGUCAGAGCUGAGGCAGAAUCGCUCGUUGCUGAGGCACAACUCUCCAACAUUACCAGAGAGAAAUUGAAGGCUUCCUUCGCGUACCACUUCGACUCCAUCAGAGAACACUCUGAGAAACUGGCUCUGAUUGCUGGCUACGGUAAGGCUCUUCUGGAAUUGCUUGACGACUCUCCUGUGACCCCAGGUGAGACCAGACCGUCAUACGACGGUUACGAAGCAUCCAAGCAAAUUAUCAUCGAUUGCGAGAAUGCCCUUGCUUCAUGGACCUACGAGACCGCUCAAGUUAAGCCAACUUUGAGCUUCAAGGCUACCGAUGGCGAAAUAUACGACGACGACUUAGCCGAAGACGUUCAAAACAUGCACGUGACUGAGCAAGAAUGGGCCGAGCCUGAGAAGCAAGCCGCCUAA